AUGUUAUUGCGGCAACAUUGCGGAUGUUCCGCGGCAACGCAACCUGAACGCCGUACGACUCAUUGGACGGCGGUGUAGAUUUCCAUCGAAUAAUUGAGUGUCGCCGUGAACGCUUUUCUGCAUCUUCUUCCUCUUCUUAUUCUUCUCUUUCGUUUCGGUGCGUUGCCCCGUUGCCCAAAAAUUCGUCCUUCGCCUCGAUUUUACGCGCCUCUCACGCUCAACGUUCCCACUUUUAGAAUCCCUCCAAACGUGUUCUGAAAAAAAAGUUUCCCAGUGUUUUUUCUUUUCGUAUGUCUUCUUUUCUUCUCUUUUUUUACGGUUUUUUUUUCACUUUUUUCGUCGAUUUUUUAGUUAAAGAAAGAGGUUUAUGCUUUCUGUGAACAAACCUGGUUUUAUUAGUUUCGAAAAGUAUGAAAAAAUAAGACGGAAAUAGACUCGACACUUUGAAUUUCAAAACCAGUAGGUACAGAGAAAAAAAAAUUUUCCAUUCUAAUGAUGUUUCGCCUAGUAUAUGACGUCAGGGUUGCAGACGCAAUGAUCAGUAUUCAUUUUCAGGCGAUUCGGCCAACAGUUUUUUUUUGAGAAGCAACACCUUUUUUGGAGCCGCUAUCGGCUUGCAAAGCGUUCUUUUUUCCCAGGAUUCCCUGCUUCUCACGAUGCUUUUGUUCCUGUUGCCGUUAACUUCGGAUAUUCUAUGGUGGACAUAUUUAGUCUAUCCGUGAAGUUUGGAACUUUCGUCUUCAAUCAUAUAUCCACUUGAGUUCCUCACUUUUCUCAUUUUUACUGGUUCAAUUUUCUAAGAAAGGGGACCAUAUUUUGUUUCAGAUUGAGAUAAUUUUGCGUCGCAAGAAAGCCCCUCAUGGUCGAUUCUACUUGGUUCAAUUUGAGUAAAAAGGGCGCUUUCGAAAUAUUCACAAGGGAAAAAUAUCGAAGUUUGUCUGGUAUAGGAUUCUGUUUAUUUUGAAGACCAAAGGAAUUUCUUCAAAAGAAAUUAGAGCUACUUGGCUCUUUAAAUCGUGUUUUUUUUUUAAACGAAUCAGGCUCAAAAAAAAUUUGAACUAUUUGCUCCACCCAAAACAAACCAUAGAACCUCAGAAAUCACAUUUUUCAAGUCGAAAUCGAGUUCAAACAAAAUUUUUGACUGAUGGGUAUUCUAAAAUUCAGAUUUUUCGGCUUCAAAGCAAACGUGAUAGAUGUAGAGACGAUAUAAAGCACCCGUAGUGAACGAAACAAGGGGUUGGUGUUUUUUAAAAAAUCUCUUGACCACCGGCUAAGGUAAGAGGAAACAGUAUUUUCUGAAAUGACUCCGAAAAUUGUGUCUUCAAGCCUGACGUCAUAUCAUAACAAUGGGUAAUACUUCAUCAAAAUCAAGAAGAAUUUUUUCAACUAUUGCUUUUGAGAAUAUUUUGCGAAACAGAGACAGGGUGUUAUUUACAAACUUACAACGAAUUUAGGCUACGCUUCUUGAAAAAAGCAAAAUAAUUUUUUCUCAACGGUCUUGACAAGUUGUAAUUUUUUAUAGUGUUUAAACUUCUUCGAAUAUGGAAAUAACGUAUAAAGACGAAAAGUUGAGUCCUCACUGCUCUAAUUUUCGUUUGUGUACAUAGAUGGCGAAAGCCAAUAGAGGAGCGCACUAGGGAGUCCACCGUUGUAUGAUUGACCGAACCUCGUUGGAUCGAUAGUAACUGUGUUUUUUUUUCAGUCUUUGUCAACUUUGUCAUAAUAUUUUUUCGAAUCUAUUGCGAUUUGAAAAAAAAAUACGGUCUUUCUUUCACAUUAAAUGCCUCUUUGGAGGCUCCAAAAAAGGUGCAGCUCAAAGAUGAAAGCUUAACAGGAAUAAAAGAUUGAAGGGAAAAGUGGAAUUUUUUUUCGUUGUGUUAGUACAUAGUUUCAUGCUCGCGCAGUUGUUCGAAGCUUUAUAUAUCAAAAUUUUUUACACAUUUACACAUUUAUUCAGCCUUCAGAGAAGAUUCUCUGCUGAAUCCUGGAAUAAUUGAAGAACUGUUGUCGAUUCGCGAAGCUGUCUUCGAUCAAAAACGGCGCGUAGAGCAUCACGUUUUUUCGGCAAAAUUAGUCGACGAGUUUUGAGUGUUCCGGCGAUCAGCUGCUUUUCAUGUAGGAAAAGUACGGCGUCUCUUAUCAAAGGCGUCUGUUAAUUUUUUUUUUCGAGCGAGCAUAUGUAUAAUUGUUUUUUUUUUGCAUUCGUUCAUGUACUUUUUGAAAGUAUUUAUGCCUCGAAGCAUAUACGUCGAUAUUUCAGACGUGGCUUCGUAUUGCCACCGUGGCAACCCCCAGAAUUCAUUUCUCAAAUUUUUGAUUUUUUGCAUUCGUUCUAGACUCGGUUACGUUUCAAAUUCAUUUCAUUUUUCCAUUUUCGGCUCCAAUCAUGAAGCCGAAGAUUUUUUUUCUGUCAGAACACUCGGCUAAAGCUUAAAAUCCCCACAACAACUUUUUUGAAAAAAUCUUUCAAGGGUCACCAACUGAUCUAAUAUAUUUUACCUAAUUUACCAAUAAGUUGAUCUUCGUAAAAUUCUUUCCAGUUAUUUUUUUAUUUUUUUCAUAAACCUGGAUCGAAAAAAAUGUUAAUUUUUUUAAUUUUUUUAAUUAAUUUUCAAAAAUUCUUAUGUUUAACAUACCGAAAAAUUUUUUUAUGAUGUUGAGUAAUGAAAAAAAAACCAGGAGGCUCAAAAUUCUAAAGAUUUUUUAUUUUGUCCUAGUUUUUACUCUUUUUUUUUUACAACGAUUCUGUCGUUUUUCUUUGCUCGUUGGUAUUUGAAUUUUUUGAAAUGAGGAUUUUUUCAGAUAACUACUUCUCCACAAGAAUCAGGCUUCCAGAAAUUUUAGUUCUCUGAGCAAGUUUAAAAAAAGAAAUAAACGAGAUCAUAUUUAACACUUUUUUUCUAGUGGCUCUCAAGCCAGGUAUGAUUGUUUUUUUAAAAAAAUAUUUUAAUAAAAAUAAAUUUUUUUCAGAAAAAUUAAAAAAACUGAUUUUUUUCGAUACCACGGGUCCAAUGGUAGUUCUUAAAAAAUUUAUUCUGAAAAAUUUUUGUUACUUAUUCCAAUUGUGUGGUUUUGUUCGCUUAUCUAUUUUGCCGCCACCGAAAAUCGCAAGGUCAGUUUGAUUUUUGCGUGUCUGAGCACAUCUGGGAGUAAAGGUUUCGGAGGAUGAAGAUUUACGGCCAAGACAACGGCAGCCACCAGCUAAAGUGAUUCAAGGUUUUGGCAGACCUCAAAACUUUAAUGAUCAGGAUAAUCAAGAAUUGAACAAUGUUCCUGAUACCAACGAUGUUAAUGUAUGUCUUCUUGGUUCUGGAUUAACGUGAAAAAUGGGAACACAAAAGAACAUGUUCAACGUUCACACUGAAUUUUUUCGACUGAAAACUGCAUAGUUCACCUUUUUUCGAAAAGAAAUUUCGUCAAAAUCUAGUGUUGGUUUUUUGUUCAAGGUUCCCAUUUUUCACCCUUCUUUUUUGAAAAAGAGUUUUGUCCAAUAGAACGCUUACAGAAUAACGAUAAUAAUAUAAAUAUGCCAAAGCCUAAAUUUUUUGUUGAUCCCAACGAGCCAAUUUACAAACGUGGUGAUCCGAAGCAAGCAGGAGAAAAGGGAGCAGCCGUAGUUGUCGACAAAUCGGUCAGUUUUAUUUUUCGCGGGAAGUUUUCAUUAGGGGAUCAAGUUUUGUAAUACGUUUCUCACACGGCCUUCAAAUGAAAAAACGAAAAAAAAAAUCGAUUGUAUUUUCUUUUUUUCUUUUCUUUUUAUUACUCUCCUUAUUUUGGCGGCUACCGCCCCUAAACUCCGCCAAAAUUCAUUAGUGGAAGGUUUUAAAUUCAGACUCAAAAUAGAUCAUAAAGUCUUGAUGUGAAAGGUUUAUCGGGAAAAUGUAGAAGAAAAUUUUGAAAUCAAAGGCAAAGUCGGAAAGAGAGGAUAAAAGCUUCCUUUUAGAGACAGAAAGGCUCUUUUUCUGCCUUUUUGCUGCCUUUCUGCGGCUUUUUUUGAGCCUCUAUUUUUUGCGGCUAAUCCACCAUUCCGACUUCGCGCGAGUGAAAUCGUUUAAAAGACACUAUUCAUGCGUUAAAUUUUUUUUGUCUUCAGUCUAAUUUGGUUCAUUUUUCAGAAACUUUCUUCCGAAGAGAAAAAGAAAUACGACAAGGGGAUGACAAAUAACGCUUUCAAUCAGUAUGCUUCUGAUAUGAUCUCCAUCCAUCGGACGUUGCCCGACAAUGCCGACAAAGAGUUCGUUCCUACGAAUUGGGAAUAUGAUCAAUAUUUCUUCCUCAACAUUUUCAAUGAAUUGAAUAACUUCUCGAAGUUAAAAAAAAAACAUAUUCUGAGAAGAAAAGGGAAAAAAAAGAUUUCGCUGGCGGUGAAUUUAUGACCUCCUAUUUUUCAUUUUAGCAAUUUUUGGUUUUUUUUUCUCUUCUUGUAUGAUUGUGCAAUAAUCUUUAACUUGUCGAAAAAUACUUUUUUAUAUUACUGUAGCUAAUUUUUGCGCCGACAGCGAACGGUAAAUCAGGGUUUUGAAAGUUUAGAUGCGCAGUGGAAAAAUAUUCGGAAGGGUUGCCAGCAACUUCGGUCAUCGUUUGCUUCCACAACGAAGCGUGGUCCGUGUUGUUGCGUACGGUGCACUCGGUACUGGAAAGGACCCCUGAUAACCUUCUGGAAGAAGUGAUUCUCGUCGACGACUUCUCCGAUAUGGAACACACCAAAAGUUGGUUUUAACGCAUUAGACCUGCUUUAGGGGUUGGAGGGCUAGUCGUUUUAUUAUCAGUUUUUGGAGUAGGUUCGAGUGCAAAUCUUUUUUAAUUUUUUCUCAAAGACAAAAAACUCAUUGAAGGUCUUUACAUUGAAGAAAACGCUUGUCAAAGAUUAUUAUUCAAGUGAAAAAAGUUCUUUUGAGUACAACUACGAUGUUUGAUUUUUUUUAGAGCUCGUUGAAAACUUAAAACUUGAAAUACUCAGAAAGUUUUCAAGUAUAUUUAUACUUAGAUAUUCGUGCCGCUUUCAAAGUAAUUUCGCGAAAUAAAAAAUAAUCUCUGACUCUACAGAUUUCAUAUUUAUCUGUCUCACUCUCUGACCGUCAUUUCUAUUUUGCUGAAAUUACUUGAACGGGGCUUCAUAAAGCGCCCUUUAAAAGCCUGUUUUCGUCAUUUGUUCAAUAGUUAAUCGACGGCUUUUUCUAUCACGCAUUCUUUGAAUUUGAUGAUUCUUGGAAUCUCGCUUAAUCUGGUUUUUGAGUUCCACUCGAGCAGUAUAUGUCGCAGUACCCAAAAGUGAGGAUUUUACGAAUGGAAAAACGUGAGGGACUUAUUCGGGCGCGUCUCCGGGGAGCGGCCAUCGCUAAAGGGCAAGUUUUGACGUACCUUGACUCCCAUUGCGAAUGUAUGGAAGGUUUGUGCGAAAUUCCUCUUUCUCUUGAUCAUUUUGUUGUUACAAGGUUGGAUUGAGCCGCUGCUCGACAGGAUCAAACGUGAUCCAACUACCGUCGUUUGCCCUGUUAUUGACGUGAUAGACGAUAACACGUUUGAGUACCACUACUCUAAGGUUUUUUUUUCGACUCAUUUGUAAACGCGGAAAAAAUUUUGAAUGCUUCUUAAAAUUUGAGAGAAUCCUGAAAAAUAAAUAGAAAAAAGCUCAAAAAAAAAUGGAGACACUCAAGAUUUCUCUGAAGUACAUUGAUUUUGAACAUAUAAAACUUAAUGAAAGCCAUCUCCUUUUUCAAGUUAUAACGACUAAAAAAGUGCCGAAAUAUUCUUUUUCGCACUUCAAUAGUAGCGCGCAAGCUUUGAGGCGCCGUACUCGACUAGUAGACUGAAAAAGUCGUCCCAUAAUUUCAUGAGUGUGUUUAUGAACCAUCUGAGCAAAUUUUAACCAAGUUCUCAAGCUUUCAUUUUACAAUUAUUUUUUGAAAUAAACCAAAAAUGAGAAGAAGAAGAAAACAUUUCAAACCUGUAAGCUUUCUUAUUUCCAGGCGUAUUUCACGAACGUUGGAGGAUUCGAUUGGGGUCUUCAAUUCAACUGGCAUGCGAUCCCAGAGCGCGAUCGCAAAAAUCGCACUCGUGCCAUUGAUCCUGUUAGGUGCGUUUGAUUUUUCCUCGCCGAUCAUUUUGUAUUUCAUGUUCUUUUUUGUAAUUUUAGAUCUCCUACAAUGGCUGGAGGACUUUUCUCCAUCGAUAGAAAGUAUUUUGAGAAACUCGGCACCUACGAUAAUGGCUUCGACAUCUGGGGUGGAGAGAACCUCGAGCUUUCUUUCAAAGUAAUUAUAAGAGAAAAAAAGAAAAAAAUUAUUAUGAAAAAAAGAGUCGAAAUACGGGUUUAUUCACAUUCAGCGCCUGAAAAACUGGGACUUUUUACACUUUUCUUGGGACGUCGUAGUCCAUAGAGGGGUUGAGAAAAACAGUCCAUAAAGAGGAAAAAAUAGUGCUCUUUAGAGGGGUAAAUGUUAGGUGGUCCCUCUAGGGCUCUUUCAAUUUUUUGAUGGUUUUAAAAAUAAAAAAUACGUAUUCAAUAAAACUGGAUCGAUCAAUCCGAUAUUGAAAUUUUUCAUUCAAAAAACGCUAAUUUAUUAGGUUCAUGGGAAUUGUUCUUUUCAUAGAGUUUUCAACAAUAAGCGACUAGCAUAUUCCUCUAGAGUGGUCACUAGUUGAAAUUUCUUAUAGGAGCCGUUUUCGAGAGAUUUAGUGCCACCAUAGGGGAAGUAAGGUUGUCCCUAGAGAGAAGCCUUCAAGUGCCUUAAAGGUGGCCUCACAAGGGACCUUCUGGCGUACCUUAUUCACUUACCCUUCUUGCUGAUUUUUUUUUCAGAUAUGGAUGUGCGGCGGAACCCUGGAGAUUGUUCCAUGCUCACAUGUAGGUCACGUCUUCCGGAAACGGUCUCCCUACAAAUGGAGGUUUUUUUUCUUCUUUAAAAUACACUUUCGUCUUAUAUGAUUAAACCGGAUCUGUCUAGUGUGAAACCUCCAGCGAACGACAGACUUGGGUUCGAUGGAUUACUUAUGCAUAUAUUUACCAAUUUUGUUUGGGUGUUUGGCUCGGGUUCUUAAAUUUUUUCGAAGGUUUUUGCUCAUUUCUUUUUUCAUUUUCUUAUCGAAGUCUACAGAAUCUUCUUCUACAUUUAUUAGCACCUCAUAGUGGUGUUAAUCAUCAAAAGAAAUGAGUUAGAUUCUCCUCGAUAUAUGCUCUGGUUUUUUUUAUUAAGAAAAUCAAUGAUUUUCACAAUGAAAAAAAAAAUAAAAGAAAAAAAUAUAUCAUUUAAAUGUCUCACUGUGUGUGUGCGUGUGUUUUUUUUUUCUAAUGCAGUGUGGCAGGCUUUCAACUUUCAGGCCUUCUUCGUUUUUCAAAAGAUUUUUUUUUCGAACCGUUGCUAGUUAUGGAUUUUUGUUUUCUAUUUUGUCAAAUUACGUUGAUAGGAUUUUUGUUAUUUCGAACUUUUUUUGAUAUCUUUUUUUUCCAGAACGGGUGUGAACGUCUUGAAACGCAAUUCGAUUCGUCUAGCUGAAGUUUGGCUUGACGAAUACAAAACGUAUUAUUACGAACGGAUCAAUAACCAAUUGGUAGGUUACUCAUGCAGAUGAGCGCUAGAAAAAGUACAAAAUGUCGUUAAUUUUUUUCCUCAUUUUCCGCCAUUCCGUAGUGAUGAUUUUUGAAAAGUUGUCUUUUCUCUGUUUUCUCGCUAGGGUAUGAUUUUCUCAUCAAAAAUUCUUUUUUUUUUUUGAAUGGGCCAUUUCAAAAAAUUUCAUUAGCAAAAAAAACAUUGGAGAUGCAUUGAAGGGUGAUUAUGGAGAUGUCGGAGAGCGGAAAGCCCUGCGGCAGCGGCUCGGCUGUAAAUCCUUCAAGUGGUACCUUGACAACAUUUUCCCAGAGCUUUUUGUACCCGGCGAGUCGAUCGCAAAAGGAGAGGUGAGUUUUCAGACUAUUUUCCGCCGCCUUGUUUAUUCUGCUUUUCUCCUUUCCUCAGUUUUAUUCUUCAUUUUCUUGUGUUUUUCUACUUAUUCUCUUAUUAGAAUCCUGUAGAAAACCAGUUUACUGAUUGUUUGUAGUGAAAAAAAAUUUUUUUUUUUUGAUAUUUCAUACUCUGUUCAGAUUUUGAAUGUCAAGCAGCAAACUGCUGUCCCUCAACUCUGUGGAUGGCUCGCUUUUUGAUUUUUUUGAUCUACACGUAAGGGACGAAGUUUGAACAACCCCAUGAAAUUCAAAAUCUGAACAGAAAACUCAGAAAUUUGAAAACUGUUUUGAAAAAAAAUUAAACGUCAAUUUUUGGAAGAUACUUCAAACAAAAAUUGAUUUCUCGACGACUGUUUUUUUUUCUCAAGAUUAAAAUCUUAUUCUUAAUACAAUUUCUUUAGAAGAGUUUUGUUUUUUUUUCUUCAAUAAGUUAUCGUUUAUUUAUGUAUCUUUUCUUCUAACAUGCUUUGUUUAACAUUUGUUGGAUAGUCUGUUUCACCUUUGCACGCUUGGCAAUCCCAAUGCCCUUGUUGCCGUAAGUUGUGAUGAUCUUAUUGGCCAUUUCAAUUAUCGGUUAUGUCAUUCCGCAAAUUGGCAGUUUGGUUUCAAGGAGCCAUCAAUCUUUCGUCAGAUUUUGCUUCAUUGUCUCCAUCUUUAAUUUCUCUCCCUUCGAUAUAGCUGAUUCACGGCUGGCUCGAGCCAUCGAGAAAAGGGUCCUGCCACGAAAAGAGACGAGACAGUGCCCUGGUUGGUGGAGAGCGCAGACAGGCCACGUCUUUUUGCGUCCCAAGCUAGCCGUGAAUCGUCUAUACUAAUUUUGAAAAUAACCAACUAUGAGUGUGAAAAAAAUCGCCGGUUCCUCCCUGGUUUCAAAUGGCCCAAGAUAUAUCAGAGAAAAAAAAAGAAGAAGAGAAAUGGUACAGCGUUGUUGCCCACUGGAUAGUUUGCUUUCCAACGUAUGACUUUGGCGAAUUUUAGCGGGGAAUAAUUUUUGAAUUUCGACUGGACUUCAUAAGGUGGUCACCUGCAUGCCUUUUUGUAUUAAUCUCAACACGAUCAAUGCAUGCUAUAUCUAUUUUAUCUUAGUUUCUGUUUGAAUCUUUGAAAACGGGUGCAAAAACGUGAGGCGGAGAUAUUAUAUAUAUAUUUGUCUUUUGACAGCUUUUAUUCACUUACGGCUCCGUUUCUCAAAAUUGAACUCGUCCUCAAAUUUUGUGACCAACUCUUGAUUUUUUUGGUGUUUAUUAUUUCCUGCAUGCGAAUUUUCUAGAAGCAAUCACGAAACUAAUAGAAAAUUUUUUCAAGAAAAGUUUUUUAAUAAUUGAUGGUUUUUUCCCUAUUGGUUGAGCUUUAUUUUGUUACGUUACUAAGGAACUGCUCGGGUUGAGUAGCGAGUUGAAAAUUGAACGACUGGGUAGGAGAACCUGGAAACAAGAGAGACAAUUUGAAAAACCACAUUGGCUUUUGUGGAAAAGCAUCUAGAAAAAAUCAAGGUGGAUAUCUGUACCUGCCGGGGCCUUCCCCUCAUCGAGGUGGCCAUGGCCAGUCUCAUAGUUGACUUUUUUAAAGUUAGUUAAAAUAUCUUGUUUCCGAGUACUCUUACCUAGUUCUAUAAGCAACCAAAGUUUUAACUCGAUACCUGUCCCCGAGUUCAAGUAGUUUUCUAGUCAGAUUAUAUAAUAGUUUUAUUUUUUCAUUUUUUUUUUAGUACUCUGGCUAUUUCAAAAUUAUAAGUAAUAGAUAUUCAUUGUCGCUAGUGCUUUUUGUGUCUAGUUGCAGAUUUCCUUGUUAUAUCCCUUUUUGUUCGCUAGAGGCAAAAGUCCAGUUGUGAAAGGAUCAUAGUUAGAACGUAUCUUAAAACUGAGAGAGCAACUCUUUGACUACUCACAAACACGUUGUUCGUUGGUUUCAAGGUGCGAAAUCUCGGUGGGCACGCACCAGCACGUUGUCUCGACUGCAUGGUUGGAAAGCACGAUAAGAACAAGCCAGUGGGCACGUACGCGUGCCAUGGACAGGGCGGAAACCAGGUGAGAACCCGGCGCCAAGCGAGCUCUUUUAGAUGCGCAACGCCGUCUCUUCGCAGUGCCUUGACAGCGCAGUCGGCGACGACGUCGAGAACAAGGCUAUCACACCGUAUCCUUGUCACGAACAGGGCGGAAACCAGGUGUUGCCAAGGCAGAUUCUGAGUUGUAGUAGUUUGAGAAGAAUUGGGGGAAUUUGAAAAAGAACGGCCGGUAUAGCUGUGUAGCAUACAGAAUAACCUUAAUAAAGGGGGAAAAGCACGAAUACUCCCUGAAUAUCCUUUUUUGAGAAAUAUUUUUGUUUGCUAGGAGCACAGUCAUUCAAAAUUAAUUUUAAAGUCUGGCAAAAAUUAUGAAACUUUAGGAAUGCUAGGAGGCGGUUGAGUAGACUUUGAAAUGGUUUAUUAUACCCUAGGAGUCGGAUUUUUCAAGUUACAAAUGGCAAGUGAUGAGGUGUACACUGGUCAAUCGGCGUAUCCACAUUAGCCAACAGAACGUACUCUUUAAAAAAAACUCACACUCUAAUGUUUCCAUAUUUUUUGUGUCCACUCGGAUAUCCCAGUCAUACGUCAUUUCACCGCUCAUCUUAUUUCAUUAAAGAAUUAUCUGAAUACUGUCGAUUGACUUUUGUACUUUGUAGUUCAAAAUCUCAAAAGUUUUACGCGACAAGUGAAAUAAAAAGCAUCUAGUUUGUAACUACAAUAAUUCUACCUAGCCAGAAUCAGCAAUUUGGUUAAUUAGUUCCUAAUGAUAAAUUCUUUCGAUCUUACUUGAUAGACCAUGGUCGUACGGAUACAGUAGGAACUUGCUGCCGUCGAGAAGCGGUUUUGGCGGGAGGAAAAGGCACUCAUUAAUUUUUUUUUUUUGUAAGGGUCGUUUCUGGCACUUGUUAUGUACUCGUUUUUUGAGCUUUAUCAAUUUAAAUAUCACACUCGGCUGCGCCACAAAACACUUUGGUUCACUUGAUCGGAAUCUGUCUGGUGAUGGAACGUCAAUGUGUUUCCUAUACUCCUUACCUGCUUCCUUUAUUUUGACAACCUUGAACUUUUCCGAUUGAGACAAUAUAUAGACAUAUAAUAAACGAUGCAGCUACGCAACGCGGGUGGUGGGAACCGCCAAUGUGUCGACUAUAAAGGCGCUCCAUCCGGAAAACGUUUUGGAAUGUACGAGUGCCACGAGCAGGGUGGUAAUCAGGUGGGAGAAAGGUCGUUAAGAGGAGCUCUUUGUAAACGAACGUUUUUUUUGUUCAUUGAAGUUGCACCACCAGAUGUCAAAUCGGUCAAGUUUUUCGUAUCUAAUUGGUGAAUAAAAUGUAAAUUGUGUGUUAAUUAAACAUUUCCGAGUACAUAACUUGUUGCCUUUUAUCGCCCUAGACUUCGAAGAAAAAAGAAAGAGAGUGUUAUGGGAGUCUUAAGUCAAUAACAAUAAUAAGGAUGAUCACGAAAAAGUGGUAAUAAUCUUUUGGCCCUUCAGUUUGUUGUGAUUUUUAACAUGGCGGGGGUUAAGCCUCAAAAGCGUCCUGUAUCAAAAAAUGUGUGAAAUAAUUGGAGGAUACUGGGCAGAAGACGCGUUGGUAUGAAAAAAAGACCAGCGAAAAUUCAAACGGUGACUUUUCCGAUUUUUCAUAUCCCUAAGGAACUUUCCGACGGCCACUUUUUCGCCGAAUCUUUUUCCGACUUUUUUUCUCCAUAAAAUCUUUGUUUAGAAUCUUCCUAUAUAAAGUAUGUAAUUUAUUCAUGAUUAUAACACAAAGAAAUACGAAAAAAAUGUUAAUAGAUGUUUUAUAAACCGAAAAAUAUAAGGGAAAAAAGUCGGAAAAAGAUUCGGCGGAAAGGUGGCCGUCGGAAAGUUCCCUGGCGAAACGAAAAAUCGGAUAACUCGCCGUUUUAAUUUUCGCUGGUCUUUUUUUCAUACCACCGAAAACGCCAUGGUUCAAAACUUCAAAAGAGGUUUUUGUAAUAAUUUGAACAGCAUUAUAUCAUCUCGCAUUGCUGAGUGGAGUAAAAAAGGGGAAAAUAUUUUUUUCAAUGACGAGUUCAGUAUUGGAUGUUGUCGAAAGACGGCGAGAUCCGUCGAGAUGAAUCUUGUGUCGACUAUGCAGGUCAGGACGUGAUGAUUUUCCCCUGUCAUUCGAUGAAAGGCAACCAGGAGUGGCGCUACAAUCAUGAUGUUCGUUUUUUUUUCUUUCAAAUAGUUCUAGAACGAGUUAUAAAGCAAAGGUAAAUCGAAAGGUGUAUACAAGUAGCUACUUCAAAUUCAGUCGGCGUUAGCUAAUGAGUGCUCGUUUAUUAGCUAACAGGUAUAGUCAAUGUUUCCCGACUUGAAAGGCGAGAAGGGCAAGGCAGGGAGCGGGGCGCGUAGCGUGUGCGCUCGCGGUUCUUGGCACGUGUUCAAUUCAACCGCCAUCGACUCUUUGAAAGCCCGUUUUUCGCUUUUUCAUUCCUUUUUCAAUUAUUUAUUGAUUAUGUUCAUGUGUGCAUCAAAAAAUAGUAGAAAACAUUGAAAAAGAGCGGUUGCCGAGCUUUUUAAAUAAUCGGCGGCGAUUGAACUGGACUCGUGAAAAGGACCGCGUACGCACACGCUACGCGUCCCGCCCCUUGCCCCGCCUCCUUCGCCUUUCAAGUCGGGAAACAUUGACUAUAUUAUCUCUAUGGUACAAGGAAUGCUAUCGGAGACAUACAGCAUUUUUGGCAGUAACUUUUCUCAAAAGGAUUCGAUUAAGCUCUUAUUUAGCUAUGUGAUGUGCAGCACGGUUACUCAUCCCUAAAUAGAGAAUGUUUUGAGAAAAAGUUCACAGAAAAAAUCAAUUUAUCAAAAACAGCCAAAAAUGGAAAAUGUUUCGUGUUUAGAUGUCUGUCCGAAAAAAAAAUUUGAAAAGUUUCUCACAGGAGUGUCAUUUUUGUAUCUAGUAAUAGAACCCUUUGCUUUUCAAAAAAUUUCUGAUCAAUCAGUGGAAAAACAUUUUUUUGCCUUUAUGAUUUUUUUUAAAUUUUCUUCGAUCAUUCGCCAAUAUUCAGACUGGUCGAAUGCAGCAUGUUGUGUCGCAAAAGUGUUUAGCUAUGUCCAAGGAUGGGGCAAAGCUUUUGAUGUCACUUUGUGACCACGACGACGCCUAUCAGCAUUGGAGAUUCAAAGAAUACAAUGCCGAGAAGGCUCGAGAGUACAAAGUCCAGUUGCCUUCUUGA